UCCUCACUUCACCUUCCCCCACCCUUCUGCUGGCCCUCGGACCCUCUGCGCCCUCCCGGUCCCUAUCGGAGCCCAGCAGCCUGCCUAUCCCCCCGCUGUUCGGGGCCCAUCGGGGGUUCCCAUCCCCUCCCCACCCCUCGGCUCUGUUCCCUGGGCUGUGUUGCGGCUCCGAGUCCUCACAGACACAGCCCUGCUGCUCCCAUGCACUGAGCCCUGCUGUUGGUUCCUAUUUACGAAGCCCCUUAGCUGGAAAUGUGCCUAUAAACCACCGCUGAGGGCAUCAAUUGAGUCGGGUUCCCUUGCUUGUGACAUGGCUGCAGAUGUAGCUGAGCCUGUGGCCCCUGACUACAGAGGAGACAUAAGGAGCGGUGCCAGGUCGGAUGCUGACUACCCUCUCCGGGUCCUCUACUGCGGAGUCUGUUCGUUGCCGACAGAGUACUGUGAAUAUAUGCCUGAUGUGACUAAAUGCAGACAAUGGUUAGAGAAGAAUUUUCCAGAUGAGUUUGCGAAACUUACAGUAGAAAAUUCACCGAAACAGGAAGCUGGGGUUGGAGAAGGCCAAGGAACUGCAGGAGAAGAAGAAGAGAAGAAGAAGCAAAAGAGAGGUGGAAGAGGUCAGAUAAAACAGAAAAAGAAGACGGUACCACAAAAAGUCACAAUAGCUAAAAUUCCGAGAGCAAAGAAGAAAUAUGUCACAAGAGUCUGUGGCCUUGCAACGUUCGAAAUCGAUCUUAAGGAAGCACAAAGGUUUUUUGCUCAGAAAUUUUCCUGCGGUGCCUCAGUAACAGGAGAAGAUGAAAUCAUCAUCCAAGGCGAUUUCACAGAUGACAUUAUUGAUGUGAUCCAGGAGAAGUGGCCUGAGGUGGACGAUGAUAGCAUUGAAGAUCUUGGAGAAGUCAAGAAAUGAUGGUUGAAGACUACCUUUAUUUAAUUCUAUGGUUAUAAAUGACGUGGCCAAAGUGAGGUUUCUGAACCCGGGGGUUCUGCAGUGGCACUGUGGAGAGCCCACAUCCUUGGCAAUUUCACUGUUCUGUAUAGGCUGCUUGGAUUUUUUUUUUGUUGUGAUAUUUGCUGAAGUCAAAUCAGGGUCUAUCAUGCCAACGCAUGAAGAUUUAAAUAAAAUCCCUGUUCUUCACUGAA